AUGCAAGAUGAUCAUAAUGUAAAAAAUAAGUCCAUUGGAGAAAAAAUGGAAGCAGUUGCUGACAAACAGAUUGCUGAAAAACAGUUAAAGUGUGCCGAUCCCCAAUUCCAGUCGUCAGUAAUUAAUACCAAUGUUAUAGUGUCAAAUACAGGAGAAGUCGUUUGGUUGAGCCAUGGGAUUUACAGAUCUUCCUGUGAUAUAAAUGUAGAAUAUUUUCCAUUCGAUUUACAAAGCUGCCAAAUGAAAUGGGCCUCUUGGACUUAUGAUGGAUAUCAAGUGGAAUUAGUUAAACAAACAGAAGAAGGUGAUGUCAGUAAUUAUCAGGCUAAUGGAGAGUUCGAUCUCAUUAGUUUUUCUUCGGUAAAACAUGUUGAAUACUAUUCAUGCUGUCCAGAACCAUAUCCAGAUAUAACAUAUACAAUAAAAUUAAGAAGAAGACCUUUAUUUUACGUUUUUAACUUAAUAUUACCAUGUAUUUUAAUAAAUGGAAUUGCUCUUUUAGUGUUUUAUGUGCCAUCCGAAUCGGGGGAAAAAGUUACACUUGGUAUAAGUGCCCUCUUAUCCAUGACUGUCUUCCUUAUGACAAUACGGGAGACACUUCCACCAACGGAAAAAACGCCUUUAAUAAGCAUGUACUACGGAGUCAGCAUUUGCCUUGUAUCAUUCGCUUCGGCUCUUUCAGUGGUUACAUUAAAUAUAUACCACCGCGGUGUUAGAGGAUCUGCUGUUCCUCGGAUACUACGGACUCUAGUUUUAGAAAAAAUGGCACCUUUAGUUUUUAUGAAGUUCGAAAAUCACCACACACCAAUACAGGAAAUUAAUCCACAAACAGGUACCAGACUAGAUUGCCCUUGGCCUUGGGUAGAUAAAAACAUACAAGAGGAUGGAUAUAAUUUACAGCAGCGUCAACAAAGAUCUCCAAAAUUUCUUCCGAGGACUAGAGGAAAUGACUUGGAUGCAUUUGAAAGUCAAGUUAUCCGAAUUCUACACAAAGUCCACUCAAGUUUAGAUAAAAACGACCAUCGAAUGACUGAUCAAGAUAGAAGAGAUUUAACAGAAUUAGAAUGGAAACAAGCGUCCAUCGUUCUCGACAGAUUUCUUUUGGCAAUAUUUCUUCUAAUUACUGUUAUCAGUACAGCUACCAUUUUGUGUCGUAGUCCUAAAGAUCAAACCUAA